ACUACCGGAAGUGAUGUUUAGGACAAAAGCGUCCACUGUUUUUUUCAGGUUGGCAGGCGAUAAACAAAACAUAGUGUUGAUUUAGCUAGUAUUCUUUCGCUACCUUUUCCUAAAAUUAUUGGUAUUUAUUUUACUUUUUAAACUUUUCCGAUGGCUGUCAGAGUCGUAAUGGUUGUAAAUGUCUGCAACACAAUGAAGCUAAUAUAAACUAACGUUAGCUAAUAUCAACUAGCACGGCUAACGUAGCUAACGCCAGUUGUUAGCUAGCUACCUUGCUUUUUGGGAAAUGUCCACCUACAUAUUUGAGGAAAAUGAAGAGAAAAGUGGCCAAAUUAAGACUGAGUCCUAACGAAGAGGCUCGGGUAAUACGAGAGGAGCAUGAAAGGAGGAGAAAACUUCGAAUACAGCAGGUGCGGGAGCAGCAGCGGUACAUCGCUCUGCAGAUCCGCCGAGAGGUUGAGCAGAGACGGCAGCGUGAGCUGGAGCAGCUGGAGGAGGAGCUGAGGAAGGACUGGGAGCGACAGCAGAGGGAGAAACUCGACACGCUGCAGAAUCUAUACCAGGAGAGCCUCCAGCUUCUCGGUCAGGGACACAGGAGUGCACAAGAACAUGAACCCGACUUGGCUGCCAUAGCUCAGAGGGAGGAGGAAAAUCAUGUCAAAGCAGAGGAGCGUUAUCGAGAAGCCUUGAAGGAUCUCAAAUCACAAAGGCUUAAAGAUAAUGAGAGACAAAGCCGAUCCAUCAAUGCCAGGAAAAAGGCACUACAGGCAGAAAAGGAAAGAUCAGCAAAAGUGGCCAGCCUCCCACCGCCUCUUCCAAACCCCAUUCAGAGCAUUGAUUCCAAGAAGCCACAUGUAGUAAAGAAAUCUGAUGUAAGUGCCUUUGCUGCCACGCAUUAUCACAUGCCUGAGAGCACAGUGGACAGAGAGGAAGACACAAAGCAGCCUAAUGCCCAUGAGGGAGCUGAGCUGGAGGCGAGGAGACUGCAGGACUUACAGAGGGAGGACAAGAAGAGGAGAGAAGAGCAGCUUGAGAAGGCUCGUCUCAGAGGGAAAGAAGCUCUGAGGAGGGAACAUCUCGUGCAGGAUCGUGAACGCUUGCUUGUUGAACUGGAGCACAUGCAGCAGACAGACCUGCUGAGGAGGAGACAGCAGGUAUCACAAAUGCCUCCUCAGAUUUUCCAGCCUCUCUAUAAACGACAGGAGACACGGGAGGACUUCCAGAGGGAAAUAGAGUUUGCCUUUGAGGACAUGUACACUGGAGAGAGGAGGGUUAAAGGAGAUCUGGUGGUCCAGCUGGUACCCGAGCCUCUGCCAGCUCUGUCCACAGGCAGCCAGGACCAAGAGCUGGACGUCACACUGGAUGAAAUCGCCACACAAGAUACAAGAAACGCACAACAUGACACCGAUCAGGAUGCUGGAGGCACCGAGCAGGAAACAUCUGCUCAAGUGGAUCCCUCCAAACCUGCUCCAAGACGGGCGUUGAAGAAACUCCUGGAUCGUAUCCGGAGCCAGAGGAAUCAGUGGACUGACCACAGCCGCCACGCGCCUGCGGCCGAUUCACCGACGGCCAUCACCGAUCAGAUCCCAGAGCGGGACACGACCAUCGACACAGGCUCUCUGACCGGCGAGGAGAAAGACACGCUGCCCCCCGUCGAGCUUGCUGAGCCUGGCCACUCCCCCCCGGUGUCGGAGACAACCGAACAUUCAACUGCAGCAGAUACUCUACCUCCUGAUGUACUCGCCAACAGAAUCCAGGAGUUUGAAGAACGAAAAAAAAGGGAAGAGGAGCUCGAAAGGCAGAAGCAGCAGCAGGUGGUUUUGCUCCAGGAGCUGGAAGAGCAGAAAGACAAAUUGGAGCAGAUGCUGCUUGAGGCCCAGCAGGAGAGAGAAGAUUUGAAGGCGGUUGUGACACAGCGACUUCCUAUUAACCGAAUAGGACUAUCUGUCCAUGACCAGGGAGCCACCUCUGUCACUCCUGGUCUAGUCACUGAGCUGGUGCCUGCUGCAGGUGAAGAUGACCACAGCAGAAGGAUUAGAGAAUAUCAACAGCGGUUGCUGGAACAAAACAGAAUUCACCAGAGGUCAGUGGAGGUGGCUCGUCAGCGCCUGGAGGAACACCAGCGAGCACUACGAAUUCGUCACAACAUGUCCGCCACAUCGUUGCUAUCUGCUGUUGUGCCGUCAGUCCCAAUUCGCCCACGUCUGCACAGUGCUCAGUCUGUGCAUCUUCCAGCUCCUCUGCAACUCCCUACAUCUCCUGCAGUGCAAGAAUACACCCACACCAAAUCACAAACCUCUGUGGAAGUUCCUACAAGAGAGUCUGACACGUUGGCUUCUCCUUCACGACUUCCCAGCUCCCCUGUAAGCGUUGGCUCCAAGUCGCUGCCCGAUGAAGUUGAAUCUAUUGCGAGCAGUCAGAGUAACCAGAGACCAGAUGUCACUGCCUGGCUGACUGACAACAUAAUGGAGAGAGUAACGGAGCACCUUAAAGAGAGAUUGAGACCCUCCUCAGAGUCGCUGCCUUACAAUCUGUUCCCAACACAUCGUUCAACUGGCAUCCCACUCCAGCCAACUUCUGAACCCAUCCGCGCCAUUAGCCCGAACGUCACAGAUGGUGCAACUCUGGUUCCAGGACAUGCGCCGGUUAUGCCUGGGACCUUGCUGCAUGGCUCCCUGUGGACUGGGUCUCUGAACUCCAGAGAGAACGACGACAUGGAGAGGCAGAGACGAGAGCUGCAGGAUGUCCAGAGAAGGCUACUGGAGCGGAGGGAGUCAAUGGCGCUGCAGCAGAGACAGCAAGAGGAGGAGAGGCAGAGACGAGAGCUGCAGGAUGUCCAGAGAAGGCUACUGGAGCGGAGGGAGUCAAUGGCGCUGCAGCAGAGGCAGCAAGAGGAGGAGAGGCAGAGACAGGAAGAGCAGCGACAGAGACAGGAAGUGGAGAUGGAGCAGAUCAGGAGGCAAAAGGAGACACUGCAAGCUCUGAUUCCUACUGAUAAACAUCCAGUUCCAGAGGCUGCCAGUGAAGUAUUAGUUUCAGAGAACAUCAGUCAGACCCGCCUGAAAUUACUUGCGUCCCUGCUGAGAGCUAUAGAGGAGUCUAACGGAGGAACUUUAUCACACCUAGAAGACCCUCAGGAGAGAGAUGGAUCCUCUCCGCAACCGCCAUCUGACGGUGGUGAGACAGAUCUCAUAUCUCGGAGCAAUGUUCCUGCUGGACCUGCCCCGGUGUCAGUCCUCGCCUCAGAACUCCUCCCUCCUCCUCCUCGAGCAGCAAAGCCCCCGGUGACCCGCGUCAGGCUGGGCGUCAUGGACAUGAUGACUGAACAACAUGAGCUUAGUGCCAUUCAAGAGGUGGAAACACCAGCCGACACCAGCCAAGUCACAGGUCCAGAGGAUAGUGUGAAGGUCCCUCCACACACUGUGGACCGGGAUCUGCAAGAGGAAUCAGAGUCGUCUGUGGCCUCUGACUCGUCCCAGCAGACACCCUCUUGGUCCAGCAGUGGGCAGCGGACUGCUGAACAAUCAACCAGCUCUGGAACGAGCUCCGGGAGAUCCAGCAGUGUCAUCUGGAGAGAGAGGCAGCUGAUGGGGGCAGGAACAUCUCCAGAAUCCUCACAGUCUGAUUUUAUCCGGAGGAUAAUCUCACCACCUUCCUCUGACUCUGGGAGAGGAGCUGACUACUCUGGUCCUGCAAUCCCAAGUUACAGAUCCCCUACAGAGUCUGUACAUAGGCCUCCUGAUUCGGACGGCCUCUCCUCCACCACCAUCUCCACCGGCAGCUACAUCACCUCCGAUCCUGAGCAAAACGUAAACACUGAUAAAUCCCCAUCUCUAAGACGUUUAGAACAAGGAGCAGAUUCCCCUGGCGUUUCCUCUCCAUCCGGUCAAAGCUUCGGUAUUAAGGAAAGCUCGACUGAAGCUCAUCCUGGUUUGGCUGUAGACUCUCUCUUUAAUGACAGCAGCAUCCAGCACAUUAUUGACAGAUACACAAGGGAGCUAAACAUCUCGCUCAGCACUGCCGGCAAAACCACAGACAGUGAAUCCUCUUAUAUGGAAGAAACUGGCUCUUCAGUCUCCCAGCAGUCUUUGGUUCGAGUCUUGGAGAGGAGAGGGGAGGAUGAAAGCUCUACGCCUCAUCAGUCUCUUCCCUCAGACACCGCAGGAGCACGGAGGAGUGGCCUGGAACGGGACAAUACAGUCAAUCCGAUCCUGGAGCACUUCUCAGGCGAGGACACGUCACUGGCUGUGGACCAAGAGCAGGACUCUUUCAGACCUCUGAUUGGCCAGCUGGCGGACCAGUCAUCCUGUUUCGCUGUUGACCAGAGGGACUCAGCCAUGGAGCGCCUGGUCGGUCACCCAUCGGCUAGCUCGUCCAUGAUUGGUCAGCUGACAGGUCGGCCUGUCUCAGUGAGCUUUGAUCAAGGUGGAUGGGAUUCCACUCUGAGUCGAAUGAUUGGUCGACUCUCCCAUCAGUCCAGCUCCCAUUGGCUGAGUGGUGGGCAGGACUUUUAUGCCGGUCAGCUGAUGGGUCAGAUGCCAUUGGAGCGGUCGACCACAUGGUUGGAUGAGAGCAGAAUGAGACCCCUGGUUGGGGAGCUGGAUGAGUCUGCGGGGCAGCACAGUGGACACUCAGAUGAAAGAACCCACGUAGAUCUUGGUGUCUCCACUGAGGCCAGUGGUCCGUCAUACCCAGUGUUGCCUCCUGAAGCCUCGUCACACAGUCCUUAUGUCCCGGCUGUGAAUCCACAUCCGCAGGACCAAACCAACGUGGACCUGGGCCCAGAGAGGACUGAAGUGUUUCCAGGUUCAGACUCAUUCCACCCGCUUCUGGCUGAGGUCACCCACAACGAAACGGCAGACCCCUCCAUGACGUUUCACCAGCCCGAACACGAUGGGCGUGCCACCUCCCCUGAAGGACAGCCAGCCAGCGGGGGAAGCCGUGUUUCCACACCUUCCGAGGAGGUUGAAAUCCACACUGUUGAGUCUGAACCUUCACCCGAGCGCGUCAGAACGGAGGAUCUGUCCGGCUGCGUAGCAGAUUCCCCCACCUCGCAGGAAUCCUUCUCCCAGCUCGCCACCUCCCAGUACCAACCCAGAGACUCUGUCCUCAUGCUGUCUCCCACCAUGAUGUCGCCAGAGGGAGCGGAUGCAGACAGAAACGGCAUUUCUGAAAGGCUGGGAGAUGCAGUCCCAUUCAGCGACCUCUGUCCUGUCUCCGAUAAGAUAUGGGAGGCCGCCAGUGAGAAGGGGAUCCUGGAGCAGUCGGAGAUAACACUAGUGAGCCUGACGGAUACCACGCUGCAGGACCAAGAGACCACCAUCGCUGAGGACGAGGGAAUUUGGGAAGACCAACCUCCAGAUGGAGCGAGGGAAGAGGGACAGAAAGGCCAUGAGACAGAGGGGACGGAAUCCACGUUGUCACCGGAUGAGACUCCAGAGGACAAGAACCAAACGCACCCAGAUUCAGUGAAGCUCCUGGAGUUUCAGUGGGGUCCUAGCAGAGGCCUGCAGGAGGUCCACCACGAGAAGCGCAGAGCGCUGCUCCAGAGAUCGUCCCGCAGGGUGGAGGAAAUUAAGGCUAAAGCGACUCGUGCCAAGAUUCAACCGGAGGUCCAAGCUCCAUCUGUAGCCGGAGAGCAGUCUAAAGCUAAGGAAUCUCAACCAGUCACCUGUAAGGAAAAGUCGAAGACAGAACCUCAACAUAAGACUAGUACCAAGUCAAAGGGGGGACAGGCUGAGCUGCAUCAAACUACUGAGAAAUCUGGCUUUAUCAAGCCGAAAAAGCCCCAGCUUCCCCCUCCAGGGAGCGAUUUCAAGCUGAAAAAGGUGGACGAGGUGAAGAGCUGCACACCGGAACAAAGGAAACUGGAUGUCUCUGAGAUGCACCAGAGAACUCAGAGACUGUAUAAGCAGCUGGAGGAAGUGAAGCUUCAGCAAGCGAUCAGGAACAGACAGGAAGCUUGUGCAAGAAACCGACUGAAGGCCAAGGAGUUCCACAAGAAAACCUUACAGAAACUUCGUGCCAAGCAAACACAGACACUGUUGUGAAUGUGUUCUAGUUCCACUUUUGUAAAUUUAAGUUUUUGUAUAAUUUAAGUUUUUAUCAAUAAAGCAUUUUAAGUUAUUUUAA